GCGCAUCCCACCGGGUCUGAAUGAAGUGCAGAGCAGAGCCGUCCCCAUAGAGACAGGCUCCGAUAACAAGAGCUGCCCGGCCCGGUGUGUUCCCGCUGGAGGCGAUGGCAGCGAUCAUAAUUGAACGCCCAGCUUUUCCACACCCAUAAUUCCCUCGAAAACAGUCUUCCGGAUGGUUGCCAGUCACAUUUUUUAUUAUUGGAUUACGGGAAAUCAGCGGCGAGCCGCAGCUUUAUCCUGACAGGCCGGAGAUUUGUGUUGCUGGGCGGGGAGGAGUCUGCCACCGUUAUUCCACCGUUAGCUGAAGCCAGGCCAGCAAUGUUGGCGUUUUAACAAACCAUCCAUCUGACAAAGCCGGGGACGGGAUCCACCGCGCAUUUAGAGGAUGGAUGUGGAGGUGAAUGCUGGCAGGGACAGCACCUGGAGGGGAGCAGGCCAACCGGGGGAUGCCGGUGGAGGUGAUGGAGGGGGCAUGGAGGUCCAGGUUGUGCCCCUGGAGCUCUACGACUCUGCAAGAGCCAAAAUAGCCGCAAAUCUGCGCUGGUUGUUUGCCAAAGCUUAUGGCAUAGAUCACAUCCCUGCAGAUCUGCGAGACCCUUUCUACACAGACCAGUACGAGCAGGAACACAUCAAGCCACCCAUCAUUCGCCUGCUGCUGUCUGCAGAGCUCUACUGCAGGGUGUGCGGCUUGAUCCUUCACGCCGAACACGCAGCCUCACUCCAAAGUCACCUGUCGGUCAUUCAGGCUCUGUCUAGGAAGGGAAUCUAUGUCCUGGAGACUGACAACUCACCUGUGUCUGAUCUGGACCUCAGCUCAGCUCCCAUCAAGAUGAGCUCCCACAUCCACCUUAUUGAUGCCCUGAUGAUGGCCUACACAGUGGAGAUGCUCAGCAUUGAGAAGGUGGUGUCCAGUGUCAAGCGCUUUUCGAACUUCAGUGCCUCCAAGGAGCUGCCUUUUGACCUGGAAGAUGCCAUGGUCUUUUGGAUCAAUAAGGUGAACAUGAAGAUGAGGGAAAUCACAGAGAAAGAGCUGAAAAUGAAGCAGCAUCUGCUGGAGUCACCCAGUCACCAGAAGUCUCCCUCCAAAUGGUACUGGAAGCUUGUACCUCCAGAUAUAUUGCAUGCACUGGCCCAUUGCUUAUUGGAGCCUGUGGAGUUCUCUCGUGUGGUCCGUUACCGUAGAGAUCACCUGUCAGGUCGGAAUCUUCAGCACUUCCCCCUCUUGGAUGACCUUUUGAAGGAUGUGUGUGACGGUGCUGCACUGCUGGCUGUGAUCCACUUUUACUGCCCAGAGGUCAUUCGACUAGAAGAUAUUUGUCUGAAGGAGGUCCCCUCCAUAGCCGACAGUAUAUACAACAUCCAGCUUCUGCAGGAGUUUUCUGAUGAAUAUUUGAACAAAUGCUUCUACCUGCAGUCUGAAGACAUGCUGUAUUCUCCACCAGUGCUGAAAAGUAAUGUGAUGGUCUUCAUUGCUGAGCUCUUCUGGUGGUUUGAGAUUGUGAAGCCAGACUUUGUUCAGCCCAGGGACCUUCAGGAAAUCAGAGAUGUGAGGUUGUUGCUGCAGCCUAAGAGUUCUCGAUCCCACGUACCCAUCUCAAACGCCACCAAACGUAGCUUCCUGACUUCAUCAAGCUCUGCAGAAACCCUGACCCCACCUAAGAGCCCAGAUCUCAGUUCUAAACCAGGCUCAUCGAGUCCAUCUUUACUGCAACUGAGACAGAAACAGCAGAGAGUGGCUGAACAGGACACUUCAGAACUGAGAAAUAGGCCCAGCUCUGUGACACGUGUGGAUGGGCAGCAUCAGGGUCCAGUACACGCAUGGCCAGAGAGGAGGCAAAGACCUUUAUCCCAACCAGUACCUUAUGCUUUACAUUAUCCCCUGGAGGAGGAUGCAGACAGCAUCAGCCUUGCUCGCUCCAUCAGCAAAGACAGUUUAGCCUCCAACAUCUUGAGCAUAACUCCGAAGCACAUGCUGGGGGCGGGCCCUCACCUGCCUCAGCACAGACUGAGCGGCCACAGCCUGCUCGGUCACAUCCGUAUUGAGGACGAGGAGGAAGAAAGAGAGGAGGAGGAGCUGGUCGCUGUGAUCCAUCCUUCUGCAUUUUCUCGCCGUCGACUUGGAGGCGACAUAGAGCAGGAUGAGUUGGAUGUCCAGAAUGCUGCCGCCACCUCUAGGGUUGCUAGUACACGUUGCUCUCCCCGCCUUGACACAGGCCCGUUUUCUACGGACCACCAGGCUGACAGCUACUAUCUGGAGCCUCUAAUGCCAGCCAUCCCUAAACCAGCCAAAGAGAAGAGCAUCAACCUGAACAAGGAGGAGGAGAGCGGUGAAAGUCACUCUCGAGUAGGAUUCGCAGCAAGGAAAACCAGUGCCCCUAGCACCAUGCAGAGGAAAACACAUGUGGCUGAAUCAAACAAAAAUACCUUUACCCCCAUAGAGUCAGUCACUAGCUCCCUGAGGCCGCCGAUAGAGGGGUCAGCAGCUGUGAACACACAUGGCUUUUUUCUUCAUUCCUCAGGCGAGACAAACCACCACAGUCCUUUCUCUUCACAGGAGGUGGGGCUAGACUCUGACUCCGACAUUGCAGACCUUGAGGAAGAUGAGGAGGAGGAAGAUCAGAUGGAGCUAGCUAAAGACAUGAUAAAGAGGGUCAGGGGAAAGUGCUUAAGGGACGGUGGGGUCACUGAAUUUGGAGAGGGGGAAGGUGAGUCCGCCAAACUGAGAGAGGACAUGAAGGUGAGUGAGCGGGACGAUAAGGAGGAUGUCAGCGGGCGCUCCAGUCCCUGCCUCAGUACCGUAUCCUGGGCGAGCAGCUGCAGCGCCUCAGGCAGCACCAGUGUCAAGAUGACCAGCUUCGCAGAAAGAAAGCUGCUCAAACUUGGCCUCCGUGAUGGUUUUUCAAGUACCAGCAGCUCACAAAAGACCACACCAGAUGGCUCGGAGACAGCCCCCUGCCCUCCCUGGCAACUGAGGAGUGAAUCCUGCUGGUUAGGGAAAGAGCCAAGUUCUGUUUCGGGGAAAAAUAUGAUGUCGAGUUCCCCAGUAGUGCCUUCAGAGCUGCUGCAGCUUCACAUGCAGCUGGAAGAGCAAAGACGUGCGAUUGAGUUUCAGAAGAAGAAGAUGGAGACUUUGUCAGCACGGCAGCGGCUGAAACUAGGGAAAGCUGCAUUCUUAAACAUCGUCAAAAAAGGGGGAGGGAAGAGUGACACACUUCCCUUGCCACUGAAAAGUCCCCAAGAUUCUUCAGAAGGAUCAGCUGCCGAUAAGAGCAAAGUAAAACCACAGUUGUGUAAGGAUGACUCAUGUCUGGAAGCUUUGAAGAUCCAGGCUAGGGAAAGACAAACAGGAAGAGGACAGACAACCAGAGACAACAGGUCCCAGGAUGCUGGAGCUGAACCUGACCUGACUGAGUGUUCCCGUUCUAUAGAGCUCCUCAAUGAAGCUAUUAGUUCAAUUCAGCAGCAGAUGAUGCAGCUCUCCUUACAACAAGACCUUCUGAUUAAGCAGAAUGUGGUCUCACCUCCAGAAUCUGGAGGAUCAGGCUCCAGCACAACACCGACAACAUCCUCUACCUCAGACUCCAAAUCUUACGCAGUUGUUCACUUCGUAGACAUCAGCGGCAGCAACUCCACCCCGGCCCGCCGUCCACCGAAGCUCAGCUCCAGCCAACGCAAAGCCUCGGACCGGAAACAGAACAAACAGAACAGUAAGAGCGCAAGCAUCACGUCCAGUAUUGAAGUCCUCGGCGGCAGUGACAGCGCUUCUGCAGACACAGAAGGAGGCGCUGAGAGCUGUAGGACCGAGAGAAGCAUCAUGAGAAAUAGCACCUUCAGAAUCCGUGAUGAUGUGAACCAACGCAGCACCAGAGAGGACACCAGCCCAGCCAAGCCUCAAACACCAGUCAUCUCCAUCAGCCACGUAUUUCCAUCAGAGGCUGCAGGACCGGAUGAGAACAAAGUUACUAGCUCAGGGAAAGAGGCCGCCGGUGGAGAGGAGACUACAAGGAUCAAGAGUCAGCUGAUUGAAGUGGACCUAUCAGAGCUUAAGGAGCCAGCAGAGGACGGCAGUGCAGACACUACAGACACAGCGGAGGGCGAGCAGAAGAAUGUGUUGGGCUUCUUCUUUAAGGACGACGAGAAAGCAGAGGAUGAAAUGGCGAAGCGUCGAGCUGCGUUCCUCCUCAAACAGCAGCGUAAAGCUGAAGAGGCGAGACUACGCAAACAGCAGCAGGAAGCUGAGAGCGAGCUAAAACGAGAUGAGGCUAGGCGCAAGGCAGAGGAGGAACGUGUCCGUAAGGAGGAGGAGAAGGCGAGACGGGAGCUCAUCAAGCAGGAGUACCUGCGAAGAAAGCAACAAGCACUGAUGGAAGAGCAGGGUCUGGUCAGGCCACGCCCCAGGACGAAAUCACGCAGGAACAGGCCCAAGUCUCUGCACAGAGAGGAGUCCAACAGUCUGUCCAAAGGGUCGACCACACGUCAUUCUCUGAAGGUGUCCAUGCUGAUCAAAGCCCAGGGCCAAGCAGCAAACGGCAGGGGAGCUGAUCUGAGCAGCAGUCAUCGAGGGUCCACGCUCUCGUUGGCCACAGAGGCGGACAGCGUCAUCUCAGGAGAAGCCGAGUCACAGCGUGCAUGUUCCAGGGCUGGAUCUGUGUGCUCCAUGGAGUCGUUCCCUGUACUGAGCAGGGCGUCCAGCAGGAACAUGGACCGGGACUGGGAGAACGGCUCCAUAGCCUCCUCCAUCACUUCAGCCGAGUACAACGGUCCUAAACUAUUCAAGGAGCCGAGUUCCAAGUCUAACAAGCCAAUCAUCAUCAACGCCAUCGCUCACUGCUGCUUAGCUGGCAAAGUUAAUGAAACCCAGAAGAAUGUGGUACUAGAGGAGCUGGAAAAGUGCGAGUCCAACCACCUGAUCAUCCUGUUCCGUGACGGUGGAUGCCAGUUCCGUGCCAUUUACUCCUACUCGCCGGACACCGAGGAAAUAAUCAAGUUCACAGGCACGGGGCCGCGUACCAUCAACCGAAAGAUGAUCGACAAGCUCUACAAGUACAGCUCGGACCGCAAGCAGUUCACCGCCAUCCCCGCCAAGUCUGUGUCUGUCAGCGUGGACGCCCUGACCAUCCACAAUCACCUGUGGCAGGUCAAGAGGCCCGGCAGCGCACGGAGGAAGUGAAGAGGACGAGAAGAAAACCAGACGUUUAUUACAGUUUGUGUUCUGUGUAAUAAUGUUGGGCAGGACCCAAUGACGUUGGAGAUGCUUGAUCUACUUGUGAUCAUGUGACUUCCAGUAAUCUGCUGGUGGCGCCAUUAAUAGAGAAGUCAGUGUGCGGCAGAAUUAUUACCCGCCUGCCCACUGAAUGCACUCCAAUGUUUAUUUUUUUAAUUUUUUGUUUUGUUUGUGUUUUACUCUGCAUGUCACACUUCUGUGUUUCAGUUUUGUAGGUUCGUCCUACAAUAUUUACGCACUAUCGACGAAGGACUGAUUUUUAUGUAGCAAAGAGUUUAUCACUGAACCUAAUUGCAGUAGUAAACCUACUACUGUGAACAAGUGCUACUACAGUCAGGCAGUGGUGAAUAUUCUGUUUAUAUUGACUAAAAUUGUUUGCUAUUACAGCUCGGCAAAAAAAAAAAAAAAAUUCCCUACUGCUGUGAUUAGCCAGGCUCCACAAACAGCACCAGUUGCUAGCGCUGGUCAGUGCUUUUUAUAAAGAGGGGCUUUGAACAAACUGGUGUUAAAUGACUGGACCAUGAAUGGACAGUACGUCCUCCUGUAUUGCUUUAUAUUUAGUGUGUUUGGGGAAGUGUGUGUUUGUAUUAGGGAAAGGGAGAGCUGUGUGCAUCACUGUGUACAUCCUGCUCUGAAUGUGUUUACUCUCAUAUAUGCUUUAAAACUUAACACAUGCAACACAGCAAAGCAACAAAACUGAUUUUUUUUUUUUUUUGUCGUUUCAUUCGACAGGUGUUGGCUGUUGUCAUGGUGAAAGGUGAGACUUAAAAUGAUGUUGUCGUUACAGUAGGGGAAAUUGUACAAGUAUUUACCCCUGACAGGAAGCGCUUUAGUGUACAUUCUACCUUAUCAUUAGUGCAUUAUAUCAUAUUAACUUUAUAUUCCACAGCAUGGAUGAGCCCUCCAAUACCCGUAACCGGCUCAUCUCGCUGAAUCCAAACAAACAAAGCUAUGCCGCUGGGUUGUUUGCUGCUCAUUAACUUCUCCCCGGUUUCUGCUGAGACACAUUUUAAUGUAGCCGGUGGCGCUCAACAAGCCGCCUGCCUCCACUAGUCAUUAUCCUGGAACAUCCGACUAUCAGCAGCUGGUUUAAGAUGGGACGAAAAGGCACAAUACUUGAUUAUUUCUUUGCUGCGUUUUGUACAUUUUUGAGUAGUAUCUUUUGUACAUAAUGUACACUUUAUGUUUACUAAAAAACAAAAAAAGCUGGCACUAUUUUGAGGUUUAUUCUGUUACAGGCUUUCAGAGAUGUUACGUUAUAAUUUCACUGUGUUUUAUUGUAUGUUUAUUUAUUUUGAAGAGAUAUAAUAAAAUUCCAGUAGGUACA